AUGGAUCGGAAAGGAGAGAGCGAGGGUAGGGAGGAGAAUCGAGGAAAAAGCCAGGUGUGGCGAUACACCGUGCGGCGUCGACCUUACCUAGUUCGUGUUUAUGCGAGGAGUCCGGGAGAAAGGAAAAUUGAAGAGGAAGGCGCGACUGGAUGUGUCUCGACCAUCAGAGGCAGAUGUACAAUGGCAGCUGUGACCACAUCUGGUGGCACGGUUUGAGUAAAAACUCACACCUUGUUUGGAAAAAAUAUGUGUUCGUUUCCAGAAAUCCCAUUAUUAUUAAUAUUAUUUUGCUUAUCCCGUCACUUCUUGUAUUUGGACCUGGUUCUUUCUAUUUUGGGAAGCCUGGACGAUUUCGUUGGUCUUUCCCGCCAUGAUAUUUGUUUUAGAAGGUGAACCACACUUUCCUUUCCAUUCCCGGAUUUUUGGCUUUUUCGGGGUUUGUGCCUGUUUUAAAUAUAAAUUAUUACAGAAGGACAAGAAGAACAAUCGUUGCGGGUUCGUCGAAAAGAUCUUCGAGUCUCCGCAAACGUUCACUGCCGGCCAUUUCUCUCGAACGACCCUCCACCACAAAGUAAAGUGGGGGAGUGAAAAGACGAACUUAAUUGAAGCCGUUUCCACAAUCAUGUUUGAAGACAUCGGUUCCGGAGUUAGUUGGCAUUCGUUUUUUCCUUUUGGCCUUCUGCAGUGACCACAGGCCGCUUCCCUUUAUCCAAUUUUCAUGCUUCGGGUUUUUUCCUAAUGAGAUUCGAGGGCGGCGGAAGUGGCGCGUACACAGCGGGUUAUCCAUCAGGAAGAGGGCGUUUGCGCGGCCUGGGAUUUGGUUUAAGCGGCAACAGCUGCAUAGCCUUCUUUCCUCAUUUUCCUUUCGCUGCGCGAUUGGGCCUAAGAACAGGGCGCAAUCUAGCAGGUGGGGACGGGGCGGAGGGCGAAAAGAUGCUGCUUCAGUCCCCACCUCCUUUUCUUCUCGGAGAGGGUGCCUCGAACAUUUGCCGAUCUCAUGUUUUAUACGCGCGCGUGUCCGUCCAUGUCCUUUCCGAUCGACCUUAUCUGUAGCGCGUGUAGAUCUUUAUCAGCCUUACUUUCGUUCUCGUCGUGCAAUUACCGCAAAACCUUAAUUUAAAAUGUAAGGUUAAUCCCCGUAUUUUAGGUCUCAUGGCUGGAGAAACAUUAUCACUAACCACCACACAUCCUUUUUACCAUGAUUCUAACAAUGGUCAGAACUUCACAAAGACGCCAGGAGCAUGGUUUUUUGAAGUUGGACCUGACUAUCCAUGCGAGAAUUCCUCUUCGGGGUCGACGAAUGGCGAGUUAUCCCCUGGUCUUAAUGAUUACAACGACGAAUUCACUUUCAACCAAAUGCGUGCAUCCAUUAAGAAUGUUACCGAGACUGUUGAAGUGCCAAGUUCAGAACAUGUGGCGGAGAUAGUUGGUCGGCAAGGUGAGACUUUAAUUUUUUGUUUGUGGUCGACGUUUGCAGAAGGGCUGAUCGCUGCAAUCGGAUGCUUGAGUCGAAUAUUAGAGAAAGACUCUUGGGCCCUUCUCGUCAUUUUUUUUUGGGUAUUAUUUGUUUAUCUGAAUAUUCACUUCAUCCUUCUUUCUAGGGUGCAAGAUCAAAGCUUUGCGAGCAAAAACAAACACCUAUAUUAAGACCCCAGUCAGAGGUGAAGAGCCUGUUUUUGUUGUUACUGGUCGAGAAGAAGAUGUCAUCGAGGCAAAGCGAGAAAUUGAAUGUGCGGCUGAGCAUUUCACCCAGAUAAGAGCCUCCCGUCGGCAUAGCCAAGGAGGAUCUCCAGCUCCAGGUCAUGUGACUGCCUAUGUUAGAGUUCCCUUGAGAGUUGUCGGAUUGGUGGUAGGUCCAAAAGGCGCUACCAUCAAGAGAAUUCAACAAGACACCCAUACCUACAUCAUCACUCCGUCCAGAGAACGGGAGCCUAUAUUUGAAGUUACUGGACUCCCUCAAAACGUCGAUGCUGCUAGAAGGGAAAUCGAACAACAUAUUUACCAGCGGACCGGAAACAUGCCUAUAACCAAUCCUAACGCUUCGAUUCAAUCGUUCGACUUCCAAGCGGCUGCAGCUGCCGCAUGCCGAUCAUCAACUCAAAUUGUUCCAACCAAUAGACCUAAUUAUGGAGCUUUGGCAGCGGGAACCCAUGAGAUGCGAAAGGCGUUGGCAUUGGAACAACUGAUGAUUGCAUCCAAGGCAGCUCAGGAAUCUUACGCAAGUGGGGAUAUGCAUUCGUUGGCUGAAGCUAAGCAAUCUUAUUCUCACGCCAUGAAACUUCUGAACCAAUCUUUGAAUGCCCAAGCUGCCGCAGCCACCCAACUAGGGGUAGCCCCUCCAGCACCCUUGCAGAUACCUGAAUGUCCACUCACUUUCUCAGACCGGAGUAACUCUCCGUAUGAGAAGUCACCCCAGAAUAUUUUGACCAGCGCAUCUGAGCCAGCAGCUUUCAACUCAACGUCGUCGGCUCCUAAUAGCACCCGUGGGUCGUCCCCAGCGGCUCCCAAUACCGCUGGUUCUCAAGCAUCUCUAAAUAGUAAGCUUGUUGUGGGUUGAUCAAUCGUAAUCUAUACAAAUCGGAUCUCAAUAAUUCUACUUUCAGAUAAUUCUUAUAAUACAUGGUCGUGUUCAGAAGCGGGCUCGUUUGGCUAUGGGUUCAAUACCGGGACGUCGGAUCAGUCCAUCAAUGCCUUAAUGCACUUGUUUAACAACAGCUGUGGAUUGAGUUCAUCGAGUUCUGGAUCCAGAGACGAAGGCAUCGGUGAUUCUCCAACCUCAUCGUAAGUCAUCAGAUUUAGCUGGGCAAUGAUUGAGUUGUUCUAGAUUGGGGAUAUUGAACGGGGAUCCGUAUCACUUGAUGAUGUCCAGCAUAUGGAGCGACCUCGAUCCUCAUCAACCUCCGUUUAAUGCUGAUGUAAAGGUUGAUUCCAUGGCCAGUGCAUAA